AACCGUGUUUAACCCGGAAAAUAAACCUUGACGUACCGGACUCACCGGCGUGUGUGACGUGUUGCAGUCAAAUGCAUCCGGCUCAGUAAGUGGGUGAAAGGUUCAGUGAUUAACAGGCACACUUUCUCCUUCAGCUGCUACCAACCAGCGUAAGUCCAAAAUGUCGAAACAGCCGGAGCCAAUCAGUCCCAUGAAGAACUUCUUCGCUGGAGGUUUCGGAGGAGUCUGCCUUGUCUUUGCGGGUCACCCUCUCGACACAAUUAAAGUGCGUUUACAGACUCAAGCAAAGCCCAAACCAGGAGAGAGUCUGAUGUAUGCUGGUACCAUUGAUUGUUUUAAAAAGACUUUAGCCAAAGAGGGAGUGAAGGGGCUCUACAAAGGCAUGGCAGCGCCCAUCAUCGGAGUCACGCCCAUGUUUGCCGUGUGUUUCUUUGGAUUCGGUUUGGGCAAGAAGCUGCAGCAAAAAAACCCUGGGGAUAGUCUCACGUAUCCACAACUGUUUGCUGCUGGCAUGUUGUCUGGCAUCUUCACCACAGCCAUCAUGACUCCUGGAGAGCGCAUUAAAUGCCUCCUACAGAUCCAAGCAUCAUCAGGAAAGGUGAAAUAUGCCGGGCCAAUGGAUUGUGUCAAACAGCUAUACAGAGAGUCUGGCAUUCGAGGAAUCUACAAAGGCACUGCACUCACUCUCAUGAGAGAUGUUCCAGCAAGCGGCAUGUACUUCACAUCAUACGAGUGGCUGAAGAACCUUCUCACCCCUGCAGGAAAAAGCCACAAUGAACUCAGCGUUCCCAGCGUGCUUUUCGCCGGGGGAAUGGCCGGAAUCUUUAACUGGGCUGUGGCCAUUCCAGCCGACGUGCUUAAGUCUCGCUUUCAAACAGCUCCAGAGGGAAAGUAUCCUAAUGGUUUUCGUGAUGUUCUGCGGGAGCUGAUCAGGGAGGAGGGCGUGGGCUCCUUGUACAAAGGCUUCAAUGCCGUCAUGCUCAGAGCUUUUCCUGCAAACGCUGCCUGCUUCUUGGGAUUCGAAUUAGCGAUGAAAUUCCUCAACUGGCUGGCGCCCAACCUGUGAUGAAAACCUGAUGAAAGAGCAUUAUUUACAAGAUAUGUCAUUUAAAACAUUUCCUCUCAUAUACUUGAUUGUGUCUUUUGGAGGAAAGAUGAUUACUCGCAAAUACUGAAUUUCCUCUAAUAGUGGCCUUGGUUAAUCACUACAUCUGCCGUCUUGGUCAGAGGUUCUUAACGUUUUUGACCUUGGGGGCCAAAUCUUCCACUCAAAUAUUACCUGCUGAAUCAGUUGUCUUAUUUUUGAUUAAGAUUGAAUUCAACAUUUAUAUUCAACCUACUUAUAGUGUAACAGGAUAAACCUUUUCGAUAUGAAAGCAAUCACAAAGAUUAUUAUCAAGCCUUAGGUCAGGCUGAUUACAAAAUCAAUACCAAUACUAAAGAAUGGACUCAUAAAAACAACAUUAUGCAGUGCUAAAAUAAACAAAUUCUAACUAAAUUAAAACAAAAUAAAAAUAUAUAUGUUUUUAUAUAAACUAUAAAUAAAAUUUAAGUGCUACUGAAAAUACAGCUUCACCUCUUAAGUCAUAUUUUUGGUGCUCAAGAAACUUCUUUACGAUUUUAGCUCCAGACUUCUUCUGUUUUGUUUUUAUUGAUUGUCAUUAAUGCUAAGUGGUGGAAAAGGGUAUUUACAAAUGAGUUUUAAGAUGGGACUGUAGAGUUCACACCUUGACAGUAAAUGUUUAAUUGCUGUUGCUAACCAAAACAGCAGCACUGAACAAAGUGUUCAAUUUAUUGUAUAUUCUCUAUUUACAUUACGUGUGAAUUGCCUGUUGUGUUGUGUGCGUCUGUUUUUACGUUUUCAGGAAACAAUGCAUGUUUAUUUUUUGUUCUGCCCAGUCUGCCUCUGCCCAGCUUCUUAGCUCGAUUCGAUUCACAAUCGAUUCUUAAUUCAACACAAUUUUCAAUUCAAAGCUAUUCUGAUUCUCGCAACAUAUUUGGUAUUAAAAUGAUGAAACCUUUUCAAAACAUACACAUUUUUACAAAAAAAUUACAACUUUUUCAUUGAUUUUUGAAAAUUAUAUAUCGGAGGGUUUUUUUUCACACCCUGUCCUCACCUUCCACAAAUCAAACAUCUUUAUGGUGUUCAGGCUUGAUUAAUCUCUUGCGGCAAUUGAGGUGCAAUACUUGACUGCAGCCACCAGGGUUGUGAAUCGUACAACAAUUCAAUUUGAUUCCAAUUCUCAGGGGGAUGAUUUGAUUCAGAAUGAGUAUGUAAAUUAUAAUAAAACAUUCUCUUGGCUGCUGAAAAGUAUGCAAGUAUGCGUUUAGAUGUUCCAAAACACGUCUUUUUAAAAAUCAAUUCUUGCAAAUUUUGAAUCAUUUGAGAACUGUAAUAAAAAAAAAUCGUGGUUCUAAUGUGAAUAAAUUAUUUUCCAGUUGCCUUUACAGCCAGCACAGGGCACUGUUGUAAUUUUUAUUUUGUAUUUUUUUAUUUUUAAACAAGGCCUUUAUGGCCUUUUUUCCACAUGCUAAUGCAGCUUUUUAAGACCAAAUAACUUGAAUUUAAAAGCUUUUCUCUCGAGGCUUAAAGUGAAACCCAGUAAUUAAGAUACAUUCAAGCAAGUGUGGGUGGCACUGGGAGGAGCAGGUGGGUAAAGUGUCUUGCUCAAGGACACAACUGCAGUGACUAGGAUGGCAGAAGCGGGGAUCGAACCUGCAACCCUAAGAUUGCUGGCACGGCCACUCUAACAACGGAGCCACACUGCGCCAAAUUAGAAAAAGUGUUCAAACUGUUGACACCAUAACACCUACACUGUAUGUCAGAGGCCUUCAAAAGGGGGACCGCCAGAUACUGCAGGGCAUACUUGCCAACCCUCCCGAAUUUUCCGGGAGACUCCCGAAAUUCAGCGCCUCUCCCGAAAACCUCCCGGGACAAAUCUCCCGGUUUUCAGCCGGAGCUGGAGGCCACACCCCCUCCAGCUCCAUGCGGACCUGAGUGAGGACAGUCUUUUUUCACGUCCGCUUUCCCACAAUAUAAACAGCGUGCCUGCCCAAUCACGUUAUUCCAUAUGAGGCGUCCGGCAUACCGCCGAUGAGCGUGGUGCAGAUGGAGAAGAUCUUCUCGUCGUCCGUGUUGGCGCAUACGUUUAAAGCCGACGCUGGUCAGGCUGCUGAGGGUGAAGUAAAAGGCGGUGAUGUACGAGCUGCGCACGGACAGGCAGCUGACCGUGUUGUUGACGUAGGGCAGUGGUCCCCAACCUCCGGGCUGCGGUACCGGUCCGUAAAAAAUUGUUUUUUCUUUAAUUAAAUCAACAUAAAAAACACAAGAUACACUUACAAUUAGUGCACCAACCCAAAAAACCUCCCUCCCUCAUUCACACUCAUUCACACAAAAGGGUUGUUUCUUUUUGUUAUUAAUAUUUCUGGUUCCUGCAAUAUGUAUCAAUAUAUACAGUCCGUAAGCACACAUGAUUGUAUUUUUUUAUUAACCUCCGUCGGACAAAAUUUCAAGUGUUGACCGGUCCGCAGUUACAAAAAGGUUGGGGACCACUGACCUAGGGCAUCUCCAGGCGUUUGCCCAGCUCAUGGAGCCAUCCUUGGGGAAGAGACGAGAGGACAACAGGGUGACAAGAACUAAAUCAUCCAGACUAGAGAUCAAUUGUAUUAUGUUUAUCUUACCUAAAAAAAUAUAUAUUUGUUAAUUUUUUUAAAAAAAAAUACAUUUUUACUAUAUUUUGCUAAAAACAUCAACAGUAAUUGUAUUUUUAUUUGUACUUUUUCUGACUCCUUAUUACAUCCAGCCAUAGAAUUAUACAUUAAAAUAAACAUAUUUGAAGUAAUUAAUUUUAAAUGAUCAUAUUUAAUUAUUAAAACAAUUGCUUGUUUAUCAACAACUUUAGUAUUUUAUUCAUUACAUUUUGAAGCUCUCAGAAGCCAAGUUAUGUUAUAUUCCUUAAGAUUUAUUUAUGCAAGUUUGAAGUAUCAAUUAUCUAAACACAGUUUUGUUUGCAUAUUUUCAGGAUGUAAAUAUAUAUAUAUAUAUAUGUACAUGAAAUACUUGACUUGGUGAAUUCUAGCUGCAAAUAUACUCCUCCCCUCUUAACCACGCCCCCGUCCCACCUCCCGAAAUUGGAGGUCUCAAGGUUGGCAAGUAUUCUGCAGGGUCGCGGUAAAAACAGAAUACAAUGAUUUGUAAAUCCUUAACAACUUAUAUUCAAUUCAACAGACUGCAAAGACAAUAUAUUUAAUGUUUAAACUGAGAAACAUUUUUUUUUUGCAAAUAAUCAUUAACUUAAAAUUUAAUGACAGCAACACAGUAACACUGUGUUAUAUGGCCUUUCCUUUUAACAAAACUCAGUAAACGUUUAGGGAACUGAGGAAACCAAUUCUUUAAGCUUUUUAAGUGGAAUUCUUUCCCAUUCUUGUUUGAUGUACAGUUUAAGUUCUUCAACAGUCCGGGGUCUCCGUUGUCGUAUUUUACGCUUUAUUAUGCGCUACACAUUUUCAAUGGUAGAAGGGUCUGGACUGCAGGAAGGCCAGUCUAGUACCCACAGUCUUUUACUACAAAGCCACGCUAUUGUAACACAUGCAGAAUGUGGCUUGCUGAAAUAAGCUGAAAAAGACCUUGCUUAGACGGCAACAUAUGUUGCUCCAAAACCUGUAUGUACCUUUCAGCAGUAAUGGUGCCUUCACAGAUGUGUAAGUUACCCAUGCCUUGGGCACUAAUGCACCCCCAUACCAUCACAGAUACUGGCUUUUGAACUUUGCGUCUAUAGCAAUCCGGAUGGUUCUUUUCCUCUUUGGUCCGGUGGACACAACAUCCACAGUUUCCAAAAACAAAUUGAAAUGUGGACUGUCAGACCACAGAACACUUUUCUACUUUGCAUCAGUCCAUUUUAGAUGAGCUUGGGCCCAGGGAAGCCGGCAGCGUUUCUGGGUGUUGUUGAUAAAUGGCUUUCACUUUGCGUAGUAGAGUUUUAACUUGCACUUACAGAUGUAGCAACCAACUGUAGUUACAGAGAGUGGUUUUCCGAAGUGUUCCUGAGCCUUUACACACUGAUGGUGGUUUUUGAUGCAAUAUCGCCUGGGCAUUCAAUGUUGCUUUUCAGCACUGCCGCUUACGUGCAGUGAUUUCUCCAGAUUCUCUGAACCUUUUGAUUAUAUUACGGACCGUAGAUGGUGAAAUCCCUAAAUUCCUUGCAAUAGCUUGGUUAGAAAUGUUGUUCUUAAACUGUUCGACAAUUUGCUCACGCAUUUCUUGACAAAGUGGUGACCCUCGCCCCAUUCUUGUUUCUGAAUGACUGAGCAUGUCAUGGAAGCUGCUUUUAUACCCAAUCAUGGCGCCCACCUGUUCCCAAUUAGCCUGCACACCUGCGGGAUGUUCGAAAUAAGUGUUUGAUGAGCAUUCCUUGACUUUCUCAGACUUUUUUCUGCCACUUGUGCCAGCUUUUUUUAAACAUGUUGCUGUCAUUAAAUUCCAAAUGAGCUAAUAUUUGCAAAAAAUAACAAAGUUUACCGGUUCGGACAUUAAAUAUCUUGUCUUUGCAGUCUAUUCAAUUGAAUAUAGGUUGAAAAGGACAAUUCACACAACGUGCCAACUUCACUGGUGUUGGGUUUUGUAUUUCCCCCUGCAAUUUUUCCACAAAUGUACAUGUCUUAAAAUACAUCUGAACAUUGAUCCAACACACUGUUAUUUAGUUGAAAAAUAUAGCAUGAAUACAUUAGUCUGCUAUUAUAUUCAUGUUAUCAUCUAAGAAAGCUGGCAAUUAGCGCUCUAAUAGUCAGCAAGCGAUUGCUAAGCUUGCUGCAAGCUAGCGAUUAGCACACAAGUUCUCCGCUAUUGAUUAACACGCUUGUCAGCUAGUGAUUUGCCCAUUAGUUUCCAACUAUUGAUAAGCACUCUAGUUGCUAGUUAGCUAUUAGCACUGUAGUUGCCAGUUAGGGAGUAGUGCUCUAGUUGCCAGUUAGCGAUUGGUGUGUCAGUUGUCAGCCAGCGAUUAGGGUGCCAGUUGUCAGCUAGCAAUUAGUGUGCCAGUUGUCAGCUAGAGAUUAGUGUGCCAGUUGUCAGCUAGAGAUUGGUGUGCCAGUUGUCAGCUAGAGAUUGGUGUGCCAGUUGUCAGCUAGCGAUUGGCGCACCAGUUGUCAGCUAGCGAUUAGUGUGCCAGUUGUCAGCUAGCGAUUGGCGCACCAGUUGUCAGCUAGCGAUUAGUGUGCAAGUUGUCAGCUAGCGAUUGGCGCACCAGUUGUCAGCUAGCGAUUAGUGUGCCAGUUGUCAGCUAGCGAUUGGCGCACCAGUUGUCAGCUAGCGAUUAGUGUGCCAGUUGUCAGCUAGCGAUUUGUGCGGCAGUUGUCAGCUAGCAAUUAGUGGGCCAGUUGUCAGCUAACAAUUGGUGUGCCAGUUGUCAGCUCGCGAUUUGUGUGGCAGUUGUCAACUAGCGAUUAGGGUGCCAGUUGUCAGCUAGUGAUUAUUAGUAAGCCAGUUGUCAGCUCGCGAUUUGUGCGGCAGUUGUCAACUAGCGAUUAGGGUGCCAGUUGUCAGCUAGCGAUUAGUGUGCCAGUUGUCCGCUAGCGAUUGGCGUGCCAGUUGUCAGCUCGCAAUUUGUGCGGCAGUUGUCAACUAGCGAUUGGGGUGCCAGUUGUCAGCUAGCGAUUGGUGUGCCAGUUGUCAGCUGUACCAGUUGUCAGCUAGCGAUUGCCGCGCUAGUUGACAGCUAGUGAUUUGGGGCACCAGUCGUCAGCUAGUGAUUAGCGCACUAAUUGCCACCUACAAAUUAGUGUGCUAGAUUUUAGCUGGCAAUUGAUAGUUGCCAGCUGGCUAUUAGCGGUACAAUACUAUAAUAAUAUGAAUAUUAUUAAUAUUGCUCAAUAACAAGGUACCAGUUUAAAUUACAAUCAUAAUAUAUAUAAGUAUGGGGGUCCAUGGUCUGGAAAAUGUUGAAGACCCUUGCUCUACGCAAUGCUAGUACAUUAUACGAUUUUAAACACUUUACCAUGACCUCUCUGCAGUUGAGGCGUGGCCACUAUAUGAGGAAAAAAAAACAGUAAAAUCUGUUGACUACUUUUUGGUUUGUAGUUGUUCUGCAGUGCUUUAUCUGCUGAGAAGCAGUGAAGGAAUUGAACAUUUGGUGCCUUACUGUACCUCUACCUUCUUUGAGAAGCUGAACAUAUCAGGGACAAUGUAUAUUUGUUUUUAUAGUGUGUCUGCAAUACAACACUACACACACUGACCACAUACACACACUUCACAACUGUUGACAUUGAUUCAGCACUCUAUGAAUGUUAGCGUGUAGGGAAUAAAAAGGAAAUCUGUGUAAUUAGACUUUUUAAGGAUGUGUAGCCGCCCAAUAGCGGUGCAUAAAGUGUGAAAACACGUA